AUGAAGUAUCGCAUCUGCUGCUGUCGCGACCGUGCCACCCGUGUCACCAGUGAGGUUGAACGUGUCGCAACGGGGGAGGUCCGAACAUGCCACAUUCACCAACUAAGGAUGUACCAGUAUGCUGGUAUGGCAUAUUGGAGGGCCUGGGGAGCUGAAUCGAACAUACCAGGGCGGAAGGAGAGCUCGAUGUUUGAAUGGACCGGCAGUUCCAACGCAGAAUCCGCUCCAGUCGGAAGGUCCAGAUCAGCUGGCUUUAUCACGGACGAUGUUCUACCCCUGGUGGUUAUUCUAUAA